AUGGCAAGUUUAACAGUGUUGUUGUGUCAUUCUGGCAAGUGGAACGAUGAGGGCAAUUACGUUGAUUUUUCAAUUGAGGGAAUACUGAUAAAGGAGUAUGCGUCGUAUAAUGAUUUGGUUGCUUCAAUUUCUAAUCAACUGGGCAUAGAUUUGAGCACAAAGUCCAUUAAAAUUCAAUACAAAGUAGAAGGGAAUAGCACGCCAAUUUUAAGUGAAGGAGAUAUUGUGCAAAUAGACGAAUCACUCCAAAGGUAUGAUUCCGGUACGGAUGAUAUGCUUGCUCUAGAUCUUGUCAAUUCAGGAGAAGCAAUUGGGGUGUUUGAACUGAACAAGGAUUUGAUAAUUUCAAAAACUAAUCAAAGGGAGGUUAUUGUUGGACAAGUAUAUAAGGACAAGGCUACAUUGAAAGAGGUGAUGGAGCAUUAUGCUAUAUCUCAAAGGUUUCAAUUCCGGGUUGAUAGGUCUAAUGUUGUCAGCUAUGUAUUAUUAUGUAUGUCAGAAAAUUGUGAAUGGAAGUUUAAGGCUUCAAGCAUUAACAAAUUAGAAUUAUUAAAAGUGAGAGAGUUCAUUGAUAACCAUACAUGUCCGCUGAAGGACAAGGUGUAUGAGCAGCGGCAGGCAAGUAGUAGCCUUAUAGGUGGUAUGAUUAGGCAGAAGCUUACUAAUCAUAAGAGGAAAUACACCCCAAAGGAUAUUAUUGAUGAUGUGACAUCAGAUUUAGGUGUAGAUGUUAGCUACAUGUUGGCGUGGAGGGCUAAAGAAAAGGCAAUGAAUUUUUUGAGAGGUGAACCGGCUGAUUCAUACAAAAAAUUACCAGGAUACUUAUAUACAAUGGAUAUGGCAUAUCCAGGUUCCCAUAUCAGAAUGGGGUUUGAUCAUUGUAGACCCAUUGUUGUUGUGGAUGGAAGUCACCUAAAAUCUUACUACACCGGGACAUUCGUUUCGGCAAGCACGUUGGAUGGUGCAGGUCAUAUAUUGCCACUAGCAUAUGGUGUUAUUGAUUCAGAGAACGAUACUGCUUGGACAUGGUUCUUUGAGCAGUUCAAGAUAGCAUACAGUGACGGGAAAAACAUGUGCAUCGUUUCAGAUAGAAAUGAGAGUAUCAUUAAAUCUCAUCUCUGGAACAACGUAUAUAAGAAAUUCAAAAAGAGCCAUGCCAAGUUGAGUGAGAUAUACUUCUCGAUGGCAAAAGAAUACACACAAGCUGAAUUUGACAGUCUGAUGGAGAAGGUGGAGAAGGUAGAUAUUAGGGUGAAAGAAUACUUGGAGUUAGCUGGAUACGAAAAGUGGGCUAGGUUGUAUGCACCUGUUAACAGGGGAUGGACAAGGAUGUCAAAUAUUACUGAGUCAAUCAAUGCCACACUAGUGUCAUCAAGGGAAUUGUCAAUAUACGACUUCCUCGAAGAAGUUAGGAAGAUGUUUGGAUGUUGGAAUUGUAGUAACCGCAAAGAAGCUACACAGACAUACACAACGCUUGGAAAAAAAUACCAGGAGAUGCUGACUUUGAAUGAGGCAAUGUCUACAUGCAUGACUGUGGUACCAUCAAUUGAAUACUUACAUAUAGUUAACGAUGGAGGGAGACAUUACACUGUCUGCCUGUUAGAGAGAAAAUGUGUUUGUGGGAGGUUCCAAGUUGAUGAAUUACCAUGUCCACAUGCUUGGUAUGUAUUGAAGAGCAAGUUUCUAAUGCCAGAAGAAUAUUGCUCUAACUAUUACAAACCAAAUUUUGUUGUAAUGACAUACGAUGUGUCUAUGUACCCGCUACUGGACAAAAAUUACUGGAAUAUACUAGCACAUGUUGCAGAGGAGGUUGUAUUACCACCCAAAUGGAAAAGACCUCCUGGAAGGCCAAAGAAAAAGUGCGAUAAACCUUUAAGUGAAUUGCUGCAGCCGAAAAAUCAACAUUCAUGUAGCAUAUGUGGGUAG